AAAGGUGGAUUUGGUUCAGUUUUUGAAGUGCGCAACAUGAAGAACAAUGAAUCGUAUGCAGCAAAGCAAGAAAAACCACCAAAUCUAUGGGAAUAUUAUAUUUUAAUCGAACUAGUCUCUCGAUUAAGUUCAAAGAACAUUAAUCACAUGAUUCCAGCUUAUAUGCAUGUCUACAAAGCUAUUGUUGCCAAUAAUGCUAGUGUCUUAAUCUCGGAAUAUUCUCCACAUGGAUCUCCACAUUAUUGAUGUUUGCAAUAAAAUUAAGCAAGGCACUAGUAAAAACGUUGAUGAAUAUAUUGGAAUGAUUUUUACAUCACAGCUCUUGUCUAUUAUUGAUUAUCUCCAUUCAUGUCACAUCAUUCAUGCUGAUAUUAAGCCUGACAAUUUUGUUUUGAUGUCCAAAAUUGCUAUUGGAAUAAAAGUUCCAUCACUGCAGCUAAUAGAUUUUGGAUCUGCAAUUGACAUGGAUAGCUUCGAUAAAGAUGAUGAGUUCACUUAUGUCGUGAAAACAGACAAUUUUACAUGCUGUGAGAUGCUUGAGAAUCGGUCAUGGACAUAUCAGACAGAUCUUUUUGGUAUUUGUGGGACAGCUCAUGUGAUUCUAUUUGGAAAGUAUAUAGAAGUUGAAAAGAAGUCAAGCAAUUGGCAAAUUAAGACAAGAUUCCCAAGAUACUUCCAGAAAGAUAUUUGGGAUAAAUUCUUCAAUACUUUACUUAAUGUUCCAGACUGUAAGACUAUGCCGAAUCUUCAAACGUUGAAGCAGCACUUUGAUGAAGAAAUCUCAUACAGACAAAAGUAUAUAUUUUAGAUAAAGUGGCUGAAUUUAAUAAUGCUCUGCUUAGUUAGAGCCUGUCGCUAUAAAAUAUGAUGUAAAAAUCAAAAUUUUUUUUAAGAUUUUUUUUAAGAAUAUAAUUUUUUACCAUAGACAUGCCUAUUUGCUAAAUUUUAUAAUAUAAUAAAUGAAAAAAUAUCUAUUCAAACUAUAAUUAAUAGCUUUUUGUAAUGACUGAAUGAAGCCUGAUCAAACCGUUCAAUUUUAAUUUGAUUUUUCGAACAUCAUAUAAGUAAGAAGUAAUUAGAAACAGCCUCAAGCGCAUAAUUGAUGCUUCACACUCUGCUUGCUUUUAUGGUUCACGAGCAAAUACAGAAAACACAACUUACGUAGAAAACCAACCAAAUUCCACGUCUCUUUUGAUAGAUUGCUGUACACAAUAAAGAAGAGAUUUUUCGUUUAAAACAAAAAUUAAACAGAAAGUCUUUUGCAUAGAUCAAACUUCAGCUUAAGUUUCUGUCUUGGGGCAACAUCCAAUCGAAGUUUGUUAAUU